UGCACUAUUUAGAGAUUUUUAGCUAUGACUAGUGUCAGUUGAGCACGAAUUCAUGUCAGUCGUGCUCAGUGCCUCGCAUAAGCCGAACGUCGCUCAGGAGCAGCAUCCGCAAUAGUAUCAGAAAUCUCAAAAAGGACGACAAGAGAAACGAAAACGAAACCAAAAUCAAAUCCAAAUCCAAAAACAAAAGAGCUCUAAGAAACGCUUAUUAAAAACUACACAAAUAAACAAACUUAUAGUGAAUGUGUUAAUAAUUGUUUAAUGACAAUUAAGCAAUAGAGCAGGAUUUAUAAACUGUAAAGCAGCCUUCAAAAAGUUUUUUCGCACAUGCGCGAGCUUCGCAUAAUAAAAGAGAAAAAAAAACAAACUAAAAAGCAAAAGGCAAAAAAAAUAGAUAAAAACGACAAAAAGGAGCAGCCACUAACACUCAUACCAACACACCUCCGUCUGCGUGCGCGUGUGCAUGAGUGUGUGUGCGUGUUCGUGCGAUAGUGUGCAGUGUGCGUUUUUUGUUUCGCACGCACUUUUAUCGUCGUUUUGUUGAGUUUAACGGUGCCGCGGUCAAGUGUAGAGAGCGCGAGUUCCCGAUUCACGAUUCCUGUUUCCCGUUUCACAGCCAAAUUUUUGGAGAUUUACCAAGUGUCGCUUCAGCCGUGUCCAGCAGGAACAGCAGCAGCAACAACAUCGACAGUAGCAAUAUCAACAGCAGCAACAUGCAGAACUGGGAGACGAGCACGGCUUCGGCCAACUAUGAGCAACAUAACGCCUGGUACAACAGCAUGUUUGCGGCCAAUAUUAAACAGGAGCCAAUCUCCCAUCACCAUCAUCAGCAACAUCAUGAUAGCAACAGCAACAACAGCUGCGCCAGCAGUCCACGGCAAUCUCCUCAUCCGCCCAGCACGCAACUGGAGCAAUAUCUAAAGCAGCAACAUCAACAGCAGCAGCAACAUCAACAGCCCAUGGACACGCUAUGUGGAGCAGCAAUGACGCCAUCGCCAAGUAAUAAUGAUCAGAAUAGUCUGCAACAUUUCGAUGCCACGCUGCAGCAGCAACUGUUGCAGCAGCAGCAAUAUCAGCAGCACUUUCAGGCCGCCCAACAGCAACAGCAGCAGCAGCAGCAACAUCAUCACCUGGCACUGGGUGGCUUCAAUCCCUUAACACCGCCGGGUUUGCCCAAUCCCAUGCAACAUUAUUAUGCCAGCAAUAUGCGACCCAGUCCACAGCCGACACCAACAACAGCAGUGACAGCAGCAACAGUUGUUGGUGUUGGUGUUGCAAGUGGCGACAAGUUGCAGGCAUUGACACCACCAAUGGAUGUCACGCCGCCAAAGUCGCCGGCCAAGUCACAGCAAUCGAACACGGAGCCAGAGAAGGAACACGAUCUAAUGUCGAAUUCGAGUGAGGACAUGAAGUACAUGGCAGAGUCGGAGGAUGACGACACCAACAUACGGAUGCCCAUCUACAAUUCGCAUGGCAAGAUGAAGAACUACAAGUGCAAGACGUGUGGCGUUGUGGCCAUCACCAAGGUGGAUUUCUGGGCACACACCCGCACCCACAUGAAGCCCGACAAGAUACUGCAGUGUGCCAAGUGUCCGUUCGUCACCGAGUUCAAGCAUCAUCUGGAGUAUCACAUCCGCAAGCAUAAGAACCAAAAGCCCUUCCAGUGCGACAAGUGCAGUUACACGUGCGUCAACAAAUCCAUGUUGAAUUCGCAUCGUAAAUCGCAUAGUUCCGUCUAUCAAUACCGUUGUGCCGACUGUGAUUAUGCCACCAAGUAUUGCCACAGCUUCAAGUUGCAUCUGCGCAAGUACGGACACAAGCCUGGCAUGGUCUUGGAUGAGGAUGGCACUCCGAAUCCCUCGCUGGUCAUUGAUGUCUACGGCACUCGACGUGGUCCCAAGAGCAAGUCCGUCUCUGGCAGCAGCUCCAGCGGUUGCAGCGGUUCCAGCAAACGCAGCAGCAGCAGCAUUGCGCCACCAACUGCUCAACAACAGCAGCAGCACCAGCAGCAACAAACAGCAGCAACAUCGCAGUUGUCGGCAGCACUGCAAGGAUUCCCCUUGCCCGCAACUGCUGCAGUUGCUCCUCCGUCAGCAUCCUCUGCAGUUGCAGUUGCAGUUCCAGCUGCAUCGCCUCCAUCGCCGGCCAAGAGUGUUGCCAGCUCGGAGCAGGCGGCCAGCUUGCCAUCGGCUCUGCUGCCGCCUUUGGCCAGUCUGCUGCAACAGAACCGCAACAUGGCUUUCUUCCCUUACUGGAAUCUCAAUCUGCAGAUGCUUGCGGCACAGCAACAGGCCGCUGUCCUGGCACAAUUGUCGCCGCGCAUGCACGAUCAACUGCAGCAGCAACAUCAGCAACAACAGCAGCAGCAACAGCAACAGCAACAUCUGAACUUGCAACACAGUGAUAACGAGGAGGAUGAGGAGCAUGAGGAUGACUUUGAGCGCAAGUCUGUGGACUCGGCAAUGGAUCUGUCCCAGGGCACACCCGUUAAGGAGGACUUGCACCAGCAUCUACCCCACAGCAGCCACAUGGCCAUGAAUCUAAAGGUCAAGGACGAAGACACGCCACUGAUAAGCAGCAGCACAGCCUCACGCCGCAAAGGACGCGUCCUUAAGCUGGACACGCUGCUGCAACUCAAGUCCGCGGCAAUGUCAUCCCCGGAACAGCAGCCAAAACAGCCCACAGCCUCGUCGCCCAUUGCCGGUGGCAACAGUGGCAUUAAACAGCUGGCGGAUGAUCCUUGCUCGGGUGCCAGUUCGGCAGAUGAAUCGAUGGAAACGAGCCAUGUGCCGCAGGUUAAUAUUAGUGCCAGCUCAACGGCAUCCAGUUCCGGAAAUAGCUCAAAUGCCAGCAGCAAUGCAGCUCCUGCAUCCACUACCGCCUCUGCCUCCGCCUCCGCCUCUGCCACUGCCUCCGUGUCCAGCUCAUCCUCUGCCACGGGCAGCAGCAGCAACAGCAACAGCAACAACAACUCGCCGGCCAUCUAUGAGUGCAAGUAUUGUGAUAUUUACUUCAAGGACGCGGUGCUGUACACCAUCCACAUGGGAUAUCACAGCUGCGACGAUGUCUUCAAGUGCAACAUGUGCGGCGAAAAGUGCGACGGACCCGUCGGCCUCUUUGUCCACAUGGCCCGCAAUGCUCACUCCUAAAGUGUCGCAAACAGCGGCUCAACAACUUGUUAUUCAUAUUAUUUUUAUUAUUAACCUAUUUCGUUGUCCAGAAUUGUAAAUACUCGUAAUUUAAGUUUGAUUUCGUUGUCAAGAAUUGUACAUAACGCCAAAAACUAAAAAAAUCACACAAAACACCUUCUAUUAACUAAUCCUAGAACUAAGCCUUAGGCACAGCUCGAUGUGUAACUCUAAUCUAACUAAC